UCCGCGGUCGCGAGCGCUGCCAUUAGAAAGUCGUCGGCAGUCGAUGAACGCGGGUACACCGCGAGUUGGAAAGAGGGAGCGAGAGGGAGAGAGAGAUAAAAGAGAGCUGGUCCAUCCGUUCGGACGUCGCGAGAAAGUUUUAUUUGGCCAGUCUGCCGAGGCUCGGAAUACGGAAAGAGAGUGGAAGAGAUAAACGCCCCGAUCGCGGCUUUAGAAAUUUGGCUCCGCGAUACCCAUCCAUUGAGGUCUCCCGGAUCGGCCGAAUCGUCAGAAUCGAUCCGGUGAAAAGAAGCGUGACGGAAAACACAGUCUUUUCCAUCCGCGAUUUAUUCCAGUGAAGGAACUCGAGGACGAGUCGACGAGGUGAAUUCUCGGAGCCAGUGAGGGCCAGUGUAGGCGAGCGCUGAGAAACGGACGCGUGGAGACGCUUGCCCGGGACAUUGAUUUCCCCGCGUACAUCUGCAAUUGUGCGCCGGGUUGCAUCCUCAGCGGUGAGGAUCUUCGAGGGACGCUCCGGCGGUUAGCCCAUCGCGCUGGAGGGUCGACGACGUACGACGAGCGCUGUCGAGUGCUACGCAGCGACGUGGCGACGCCAUUUUGUGACUGGUACUGUGCGCUUCUUUCGGAAUCAGCGCCGUCGAGCCUACUCAUCGCCGCGCCGUGACCCGUGACACGCGCGUAUCUCCGUUCGCUUUCGUCAAUAAGUAUAAAAAGCGACGUGGAGCGCUUUUCGGCCUUCGGAUCGCCUUGGAUCACGAGAGACGGCGACGGCGUGAAAACGAGAGAGAGAGCCCGAGCAAAAGACAGUGCGUCAUCGGUGUGACUCCUAUCCGCGCACCGUCAAUCCCACCGCGAUAGAGGGGAAAAGGAGAGAGAGAGAGUUCUAUUUCGAUUUUCGUCAUCUACGCCUUCGCCCUGGGUCAUCACCGACCAUGAGACUGGAAAUCGUGUCGGCGGCGGAUUUUCUGGUGCACCUGCUGCGCCUGCAGGCGGGUCAGCUGUCGGAACGGCAAUUGGAAAUGUUCAAAUCAUCGCUGACGGAGGUGUUGCGCCACCGUUAUCGGGAUCACUGGUUCCCGGAUCGGCCGAAUCGCGGCUCCGGCUACCGUUGUAUACGCAUCAACGGUAAAAUGGACCCGGUGAUCGCGCAGGCGGGCGCGAACGUCGGCCUGCUGCCGACGGUACUGCACAGCCUGUUCCCCAGCGAGCUUACCAUGUGGAUCGACCCGUCAGAAGUGUCGUACAGGAUCGGCGAGAAUGGUUCCAUCUGCGUGCUGUACGAGCGCACCGAAGCCGAAUGCGCGGAAGAGAUCUCCCUGCAGCAGCAGCACCAUCAUCAGCAGCAACAUCAGCAUCAGCACCAGCAUCACCAUUCGCAGCAGCAUCAGCAAGUGCCGAUUAUGCCACCGCUGCAGCAGCAGCAACAGCAACAAUUCGAGAGCUGCAAGGACUCACUGCUGCUGGAGCACACGCAAUUCAGCGAGCAGAUCGCCGCAUACGUCUCCAGCUGAAUCGCCGGGCUCGCCGUCGCGCUCGUAUCCACGCUCUCGAAAUGAUCUACUGAAGCGCACGUACAUCUCGUGAUAUGUGAUAUCCCGUGUGUCGCGUCGGACCGUGCAGGUCCGCGCGCUCAACCUUUCGUGGACUCCAAACGUGCGUGCGUCGUCCCUCCUUGCGUUUAAUCUUCUCUCUUUCUCCUUUUCCUUUCUAUUUUUUCCUUCCUUUCUCUCGGUGCACCGAGAGUCUCGAGCGAAGAGUCGGUCCUCCAUCGCCGUCUCUCCUUCCUUCCCCCCCCCUCUCUCUCUCUCUCUCUCGUCUUCUACGAAAAAAAAGAAAAAAUGUGAAAACGGAGCAUCGUCGAUGAUCUGCAGCGUCGCAUUUCGUCGCGCCUCUUCUCUGCUUCGAGCGACUUCCUGCUACACGGGGGAGAGUCCAUCCUUCCGGGAGACGCGAGCUCAUCCACGCGCGUCGGUCGCCUCGAACUCGACUCUAGUCUAGUCUCGCGCUUCCCGAUUCUCCUCUCGCGCGUGAAAAAUCUCGGGAGUGAAUUGAAAAAAAAAAAGGAGCAUGUGUCGAGAAGAGAAAUGUGUUCCCGAGCGACUAGUCUGUGCGCGAUUUAUUACGCGCUCGAUCGAAAAACCAACGGAACGAGGGGAAAACAACUGUGUCGCGAUGGAAGAGUGAAAAGAAGAACGGAAGCGCAGACCAGUCGAUUUUCGUUGAUUCGACGCCUGGCUCCCCUGAAUCGUCAUCGUCAUCAAUCGCCCUACUAUCGGUCGAGUCUUUUUCGCUGGAGAAGGAUGUUUCGCGGCCGUCGCAGCGAGAAAGAACGGAGCGAGCUUGGAGCUCUCUCUCAGCAGCCGACUAAUUGAUCUCAGCACCUCCUCCACCCGCGUAACCUCCGAGCGUCUCUCGUGACGAAAGCAGCCACGCGAGGGAGGAACAACGAAGACCAGCCAGCCCUCAUCGCCCUUCCUACGUUCUCGAGGGAGUAAAAAAACCGUACUCAUACAUUUAGACACAACACAUACACGCGCAUAUAUGUGGAUGUAUGUAUAUGUAUAUAUA